UUAGUUCAAAAGCAGGUUGAAACGGUAACAUAUUUAAUGUUUGUUUUUCUCCCCAAUUUGCAAAAAAACUCGAUAGACAAGAAGAAAGGAAAACCCUAGAAAAUAAGAAUCAAUGGCGAUUGCAAGAACAGGAGUUUUCGUCGAUGACUAUUUAGAAUAUGCAAGCACAUUACCAGCAGAGCUUCAAAGACUUCUUAACACCAUGAGGGAACUCGAUGAGAGGUCACAAGGAAUGAUAAAUCAGACAAGAGAGCAAACUAAGUACUGUUUAAGAUAUAACAGCUCUCAAGGAUCGAAAAAAGUUAGCCCAGAAGAAGAAGAAGCAACACUUGAAAAGAUGAAAAAAGAUAUAGAGUCUAGCCAAGACAGUGCAUUGAGUUUAUGCACUGAGAAAGUGCUGCUCGCUAAACAAGCAUAUGAUCUCAUAGACAGCCACGUGAAAAGGCUCGAUGAAGAUCUAAAUAACUUUGCAGAAGAUCUAAAGCUAGAAGGGAAAAUACCAAUAGAUGAGCCAGCAAUUCUUCCUCCACUGCCUUUAGUCCCAAAGGAUGAAAAGCGGAAGUCCUACUUUGGAACACCUCAAUCCAAGAGAUUUGAUUACAGAGACAGGGAUUGGGACCGAGAACGUGAUAGAGAUUUUGAGCUUAUGCCACCACCAGGCAGCCUUAAGAAGAGUGUUCCUGCACCGGUUGAUGUCGAUCAACCCAUUGAUCCAAAUGAACCAACCUACUGCGUCUGUCACCAGGUUUCUUUCGGCGACAUGAUUGCCUGUGACAAUGACAAUUGCCAAGGAGGUGAAUGGUUUCACUACUCUUGUGUUGGGCUCACACCAGAGACAAGAUUCAAAGGGAAGUGGUAUUGCCCAACCUGCAGAAUGCUCCCAUCUUGAUUGGGAAACCUUUUGUAUAAUAGCUUUUGCGCCUUUCCAUUGAAGAUAUGAAACAUGUCUGACUCGGGUAAAAAGUACAUCAGUCGUAUUUGACUCGGUUUGAUCUAUUUGUCAAAAUCUUUGUUUCUUGGAAUCCUCUGUCACUUUGUAAGAGUUUGAAUCCUGUAAUGCCUUUCGUGGUUACUUAUUACAUAUGGUUACUGUUGGCUCUAAUAGUUAAAUUUCCAACAUAGGAUCUUCA